ACUGUAAGAGACACUGACGCGUGGGCUCCACUUGAGCAAGCCGUCGCGACUGGACAUGGCGCGCUGCUCCCCGGCGAAGCCGCUUUGCACCACCGCCGCGGCCCCGCGCCCCUCUCGCCGCCGCGGUCUGCUCAUCAGCGCCUCUGCUUCCCCGGCCACGACAUCAACAAGAACGCACCGGCUGUUGGCCCUACCGAAGCCGCCUAAACCACCGCCGCCGCCGCCUCUCCUCCCGCGCCCAAGGCUCCCCAUCUCCAACGACGCCCCCACCAACGGCAAGCCAGACGACCGCCGUGAACCAUCGACGGGCGCGGCGUCCUCUGGCUCUGGGUCGUCCUCGGGCGCCGGAGACGUGCUCCGCCUCAUGGGCUUGCUCCGCGUCGCGCCCGACGAGGACGUCUACGUCUCCCUCCUCAGGGACUCCGUCGAUGCCGCCGAGGUAGCCGCCGUGCACGCCCACGUCGCCGCCACACGCGCCGCGUCUGGCCUCCCCCUGCCGCUGGCCAACCGGCUGCUACUCGCCUACGCGACCUGUGGCGACAUGGCGGCCGCCCGCAAGGUGUUCGACGAAAUUCCCGUCAAGGACGGCAUCACGUGGGCGACCAUGGUGUCGGCCUACUCCGAUGGGUGUUUCCACGACGAAGCGAUAAGGCUUUUCACCCGCAUGUGCCAAGAAGAACAGGGGCUCGCUGGUGAUCUGCUCGGCCAUGCCAUUGUGGCAGUGCUGCGGUCAUGUGCUCGGCUGGGCAGACUAAGGGGCUUUGGUCAGCAGGUACACGCCCUCGUCAUCAAGACAAAGAGAGUCUGCGGUGAUACCGGUAGUUCGCUGCUGCAGCUGUACAUCGCAAGUAAUCAGCAUGACAGUGCGCGGCAAGUGCUUCAGGCGAUGAGGUGUUGUUCCCAGGAGCCAGUGCCCGAGGCAGCCUGGACUAGCUUCAUGACAGCUUGCCACCGAGACGGACUGCUGGACGAGGCCAUCUAUGUCUUCAGGGACAUGGUGUCCUCUGGAGUCCCUAGGAGCAGCUUCUCCCUGUCUACUAUCCUUGCAGUAUGUGCAGAAUCAGAGAACUGCAGGUGCUAUGGACAGCAAGUGCAUGGCGAUGCCAUCAAGCACGGCGUGGAAACAGACCAGUUCGUCAUGUCUGGGUUGGUCCACAUGUAUGCGAAGCAAGGACGGCUUGCAGAUGCCACGAGGGCAUUUGAGGCAGUGGGUGGCAAGCCUGACGCUGUGUGCUGGAAUGCCAUGGCCAUGGGGUAUGCACGCGGUGGGCGGUACAGAGAGGCCACCAGAAUGAUGUACCAGAUGAAAGCU